UCAAGAAAACCAAAACCCAUACCUUUGUGUUUGAAAAGAAAACAGGAAUGGAGAUGAAGGGGAUUUUGAAGCUUGUGGUGGUGAUGUGUGUGAUGGUAAGUGUGUGUAGGGGUGAUGUGAAUUCAUUUAGGGAUUGCUAUGCUAAAUGCUUCAUUUUCUGCAUGAUUGAACCCAACAAAAGUCUAUGCACUUGCACCACCCAAUGCCUCAAAGAAUGCAUCUUUCCAUCUCUUCCCACAACCAUGGCUCUUGAUCCACAUACCCAGAACCUUGGCUACUGCAAGCUUGGUUGUGCCACUUCCCUUUGCUCUAACAUCAGCAAAGCCCACAAUCCUGAUGGAAAGAAUGUAGAAAGCUGUGUUGGGUCAUGCUCAAACAAAUGCACUACGAGCUACUCGUCUAUAUCACCUUAACUUGACACACCACUCAUUUAAGUCGUCGAUUUCAUGUUUCAUAAUUGCAUUGUUUUGUUCUUAUUCAUGUUGAUCGUUCAUGAAAACAUAUCCAAAUCAUUGUAAAAGUCAUUGUUGUAUUGUAUUGUUUUGAAUUUAAAGACUCAACUGAAAUGAAACUUUCUUAGAUUGACCUA